AUGAUACCAGCUUUGCGACGACCAAAAGUUUUAACAUCAAACAAUUCUCCGAUAAAGUUUAUGAUACUAACAUUAAAGAAUGGUAAAAAGUUAGUCGUCUCGUCGGAUUCUUUCCAUAGUAUAAUGAACAUAGAACACAAGUAUAAUUGUAUGGUAUGCAAAACAGAAUUUGAUUUCGACGAUGAACAUAAAGCAAACCACAAGAAACUAGAAACUCACAAGCAAAAAUUAACUUUAUAUCCGCAUAAGGAAGAUUUUGAAGAAAAUUUGAUACGUCAGCUGGAUACUGAGACAUGCUACUGCACAAUAUGUGGUGUUUCUUUGUCAACACAUUCACUGAUGAGGCACCUGUCAGCUGGAGUUCACAAGAUGGAACUAAUAAAAGCAAAGAACAGAGCAUAUACCUACAAACCUUUAGAAUAA